UACCAGAACAGGUUUUUAGGCCUGGCUGCCAUGGCGUCUCCAUCCAGAAACUCCCACAGCCGACGCCGGUGCAAAGAGCCCCUCCGGUACAGCUAUAACCCAGACCAAUUCCACAACAUAGACAUCAGAAAUGGUGCCCAUGAUGGCAUCACCAUCCCUCGCUCCACCAGUGACACUGACCUGGUCACUUCAGACAGCCGCUCAACACUCAUGGUCAGCAGUUCCUACUAUUCUAUAGGGCACUCCCAGGAUUUGGUAAUCCACUGGGACAUCAAGGAGGAAGUGGAUGCAGGAGACUGGAUUGGCAUGUACCUUAUUGGCGAAGUCUCAUCUGAAAAUUUUCUGGAUUAUAAGAACCGUGGAGUCAAUGGUUCUCACAGAGGCCAGAUUAUUUGGAAGAUUGAUGCCAGCUCUUACUUUGUGGAAUCUGAAACUAAGAUCUGCUUCAAAUACUACCACGGAGUAAGUGGGGCCCUGCGUGCUACAACCCCUAGUGUCACUGUCAAGAACUCAGCAGCCCCUAUUUUUAAAGGUAUUGGCUCUGAAGAGACUGUGCAAAGUCAAGGAAGCAGGAGGCUGAUCAGCUUCUCUCUCUCAGAUUUCCAGGCCAUGGGAUUGAAGAAAGGGAUGUUUUUCAACCCAGACCCUUAUCUGAAGAUCUCCAUUCAACCUGGGAAACAUAGCAUCUUCCCGGCCCUCCCUCAUCAUGGACAGGAAAGGAGAUCCACAAUCAUAGGCAACACUGUAAACCCCAUCUGGCAGUCAGAGCAUUUCAGUUUCGUGUCUCUACCAACUGACGUGCUGGAAAUUGAAGUCAAGGACAAGUUUGCCAAGAGUCGUCCCAUCAUCAAGCGUUUCUUGGGAAAGCUGUCAAUGCCUGUUCAGAGGCUGCUGGAGAGACACGCCAUAGGGGAUAGGGUGGUCAGCUACACACUUGGCCGCCGGCUUCCAACUGACCAUGUGAGUGGGCAGCUGCAGUUCCGAUUUGAGAUCACAUCCUCCAUCCACACAGAUGAUGAAGAGAUCUCUCUGAGCGCUGAGCCUGAGUCAGCAGAAAUGCAGGACAGCAUCUUGAAUAGUGUAGUGGAAAACGGCAAUGGGGAGCCUUCUGGUGAGGCUGCAGGAUUCUCCAAGGACUUGAAGCCAGAGUCACCAAGUAAAAGGAAUGGAGUCAACAGCUCAGAAAACCAAAACCAGGAGCAUGCUGGGCCAAUUGAGGAAGCUGCAGGUGCUAUGGAGGCCAGAGAUGGUAGCAAGUUCUCUGAAGGACUCGAAGAGCCUGGCGAGCUUCAGGACCCAGAGCAACAGGACACGCAGCCCAGUCUGAGUGCAGAAGAAGUGGCAGAGGAACUUCCCCUGGAUAAGGAUUGGCCACCCUCGCUGUUGCCAGAAGAGAGUCCAGGUCUAAUCAACAAGGUAGAAGAUGAAACAGUACCAGAAAAUGGAGCCAGAGAGGAAGAGAUGCAGGAGAAGGGGAAAGAGGAGGAGGAGGAGGAAGAAGAAGAGGUUGUUUCUACCCUGGAACAAGGAGAGCCUGGACUGGAGCUGAGGGUCUCUGUGAGAAAAAAAAGCAGACCAUGUUCCCUACCUGUAUCUGAGCUUGAGACAGUGAUUGCAUCUGCCUGUGGAGACGCCGAGACCCCAAGAACCCAUUACAUCCGCAUCCACACCCUGCUGCACAGCAUGCCCUCAGCGCAGAGAGGAAGCACCACAGAGGAGGAAGAUGGCUUGGAGGAGGAAUCCACCCUCAAGGAGUCCUCUGAAAAAGAUGGGCUCAGCGAAGUGGACACAAUAGCUGCUGACCCACAGUCCAUGGAAGAUAGCGAGAACGAUGGGGCUACUCUAUGCAUGGCACCCGCUGACUGCUCUCAGGGACAUUUCUCCAGUUUAUCCAAAGGCAUUGGCGCUGGCCAAGAUGGCGAAGCUCACCCCAGCACUGGGAGUGAGAGUGACUCCAGCCCCCAGCAGGGAGCAGACCACAGUUGCUGUGAUGCCUCUUGCUGCAGCCCCUCGUGCUAUAGCACUUCUUGUUACAGCAGCUCCUGUUACAGCAGCUCCUGUUACAGCAGCUCCUGCUACAAUGGCAACAAUCGGUUUGCCAGCCAUACACGCUUCUCCUCUGUGGACAGCGCCAAGAUCUCUGAGAGCACAGUCUUUUCUUCACAAGAGGAUGAGGAGGAGGAAAACAGUGCAUUCGAGUCGGUACCUGACUCGGUGCAAAGCCCUGAACUAGAUCCCGAGUCUACAAAUGGGGCUGGGCCUUGGCAGGAUGAACUGGCUGCCCCUGGUGGGAAUGCAGCAAGAACUACUGAAGGUCUGGAGUCCCCCAUGGCAGGCCCUAGCAAUAGGAAAGAAGGUGAAUGUCCUAUGCUACAUAAUUCCCAGCCAAUAAGCCAACUUCCUUCCUUGAGGCCCGAACAUCAUCACUACCCAACAAUCGAUGAGCCUCUUCCACCAAACUGGGAAGCUCGAAUUGACAGCCAUGGGCGGGUCUUUUAUGUGGACCACGUAAAUCGCACAACCACCUGGCAGAGACCAACAAUGGCCCCUACCCCAGAAGGAAUGAUCAGAUCUGGGUCUGUCCACCAAAUGGAGCAACUUAACAGAAGGUAUCAAAACAUCCAAAGAACCAUUGCAACAGAGAGGUCUGACGAAGAUUCUGGCAAUCAAAGCUAUGAGCAAAUACCAGAUGGAGGAGGAGGAGGUGGUGGCAGUGACUCGGAAGCAGAAUCUUCCCAAUCAAGCUUAGAUCUGAGGAGAGAAGGGUCACUUUCUCCUGUCAACUCACAGAAGGUCACCUUGCUGCUGCAGUCUCCAGCGGUCAAGUUCAUCACCAAUCCUGAGUUCUUCACUGUGUUGCAUGCCAAUUACGGUGCCUACAGGGUUUUUACAAGUAGCACUUGCCUGAAGCAUAUGAUUUUAAAAGUCCGACGAGAUGCUCGAAAUUUUGAGCGCUACCAGCACAACCGGGACCUGGUGAAUUUCAUCAACAUGUUUGCAGAUACUCGGCUGGAACUGCCCCGGGGUUGGGAAAUCAAAACUGAUCAUCAGGGAAAGUCAUUCUUCGUGGACCACAACAGUCGAGCUACUACUUUCAUUGAUCCCCGAAUCCCUCUUCAGAAUGGCCGUCUUCCCAAUCAUCUGACCCACCGACAGCACCUCCAGAGGCUCCGGAGUUACAGUGCUGGAGAGGCCUCAGAAGUCUCUAGAAACAGAGGAGCAUCUUUGCUGGCCAGACCAGGACACAGUCUAAUAGCUGCUAUUCGAAGCCAACAUCAACAUGAGUCCUUGCCACUGGCAUACAAUGACAAGAUUGUGGCAUUUCUUCGCCAGCCAAACAUUUUUGAAAUGCUACAAGAACGUCAGCCAAGCUUGGCAAGAAAUCAUACACUCAGGGAGAAAAUCCAUUAUAUUCGGACAGAGGGCAAUCAUGGGCUUGAGAAAUUGUCCUGUGAUGCAGAUCUAGUCAUUUUGCUGAGUCUCUUUGAAGAAGAGAUCAUGUCCUAUGUUCCCCUGCAAUCUGCCUUCCACCCUGGAUAUAGCUUCUCUCCCCGCUGUUCACCCUGUUCCUCACCUCAGAACUCCCCAGGUUUACAGAGAGCCAGUGCAAGAGCCCCUUCACCAUACCGAAGGGAUUUUGAAGCUAAGCUCCGCAAUUUCUACCGAAAACUGGAAGCCAAAGGAUUUGGACAGGGUCCGGGUAAAAUUAAGCUCAUCAUCCGUCGAGAUCACUUGUUGGAGGGGACCUUCAAUCAGGUGAUGGCAUACUCCCGGAAAGAGCUCCAGAGAAACAAGCUCUACAUCACCUUUGUUGGAGAGGAGGGCCUGGACUACAGUGGCCCAUCUCGAGAGUUCUUCUUCCUGUUGUCUCAGGAGCUCUUCAACCCUUACUAUGGACUCUUUGAGUAUUCUGCAAAUGACACAUACACAGUGCAGAUCAGCCCCAUGUCGGCAUUCGUAGAAAACUAUCUUGAAUGGUUUAGAUUCAGUGGUCGUAUCCUGGGCCUAGCUCUGAUCCAUCAGUACCUCCUGGAUGCUUUCUUCACAAGACCCUUCUAUAAGGGACUCCUGAAGCUGCCAUGUGAUCUGAGUGACCUAGAAUACUUGGACGAGGAAUUCCACCAGAGUUUACAGUGGAUGAAGGACAACAACAUCACAGAUAUUCUCGAUCUAACUUUCACUGUUAAUGAAGAAGUUUUUGGACAGGUAACAGAAAGAGAGUUGAAGUCUGGAGGUGCCAACACGCAGGUGACUGAGAAGAACAAGAAGGAGUACAUUGAGAGGAUGGUGAAGUGGCGUGUGGAGCGCGGUGUGGUGCCACAGACGGAGGCACUGGUCAGGGGUUUUUAUGAGGUUGUAGACUCAAGACUUGUCUCAGUGUUUGAUGCGAGGGAGCUGGAGCUGGUGAUCGCCGGAACUGCUGAAAUUGACCUGAAUGACUGGAGGAAUAACACUGAGUACCGGGGAGGUUAUCAUGAUGGCCACCUUGUGAUCCGCUGGUUCUGGGCUGCAGUGGAACGCUUCAAUAAUGAGCAGAGAUUGAGAUUACUUCAGUUUGUGACAGGAACAUCAAGUGUUCCCUAUGAAGGCUUUGCAGCUCUGCGGGGAAGCAAUGGACUUCGACGUUUCUGCAUAGAGAAGUGGGGAAAAAUUACAUCUCUUCCCAGGGCACAUACAUGCUUCAACAGAUUGGAUCUCCCACCAUAUCCUUCAUAUUCCAUGUUGUACGAAAAACUGUUAACAGCAGUAGAAGAAACCAGCACCUUUGGACUUGAGUGA